GCAGAGAGCACAGAGACACACAACACCCCGAGGUCCGCGCGCGAUUGAGUGUCGCGUUGCGGAGCCCGAUGAACGAGGCGUUUUGUACCUAGCCUCACGCUAUGUGGAAAUGAAGCGUAGACCAGCCGCUUGCUUUUCCCAGUCAUCCGCGAUGUCGUUGCGGGGUGCGCUUCUCUCCGCUGGGCUCUGCGGAUUUGUUGCAGGGCUGCGCUUCAACCUUCACGAAGCAGCCACUCAGACUGCGGUGCAAGAGGAAAAGACGGUCGAGGACAUUCUGAACUCGCUACUGGACGUGAAAGAAGCCAGUACUAAGGAUUUUUGACUCCCAGAAUUUGAAUUCUGCACAUCGAUCAAACCUGCUUGCGAUUACUGAUUGUUCUAAAUUUGUUUUUCACUAAGCUGCUAGGUCAGAGAGUCCAAUACAUUCAUUAGCCGACACCAACACCAAGUCCCGAAAUUCGAGGUUUUUCUUUUCACGAGAAGCAGAAAGAGGUCUAUGAGCGGAAGAAGCAACGCUGUGCGAAAAACCUACCUGCUCUGAAAGCCGGCCUUGUCGAAGCGGAAGAAAAACUUGGGUCUGUCAAGUCUCUCAUUCGAGAUUUUCGGAAGCAGCGUAAACACUGGGGCAAAUUUCUGACGAAGCUCAACGAGAAAAUUCAGACGCAGGAACGGAGAAUCAAGCAACAGAAGCGGAAUAAUGAAGCUAAGCUGCGAGAGGUGGACGUUGUGGAGAGCGAACAGAAGACCUCCAUGUCGGAGCUUUUACGCGCGCAGAGAGUUUUGCGGCGGGGCGGUAUGACAUCUUCGACAGCGACGGGUGAAGCCUCGCAAAUACUCCAGCGGCUGCGGUUCGAGGAUACUUCUCUAUGACACGGACGAAUGAGUAGAUGACGCUUCACAUUAACCAAGUAGAAGUUUCCAUCACUUAGGCCUGCGCCAUUUGCAAUUAUCAGAAGAAUUUUCACCGCAUCUAGCGGAACAACGUUCUUCUUUGGAUUGACUUUGACUUUUCGUGCCUACAAUUAUGUAUUUUCAUUUUUUAGCGAACUGGGUCUGGGAAUAGCAGAGCAAUCAAGUCUAAAAAUAUAUUUGUUAGGAUUUCAUCUCUGACAAGUCUCUUUUCUAAGGAUUCCGCAGAAGGUUGGACAGUAUCUUGCCGAAGCCGAGGCGAACCUGGAUGGGACGCGCGCGCGGAAGAAGAAAAUGUCUGAGGAAGCGAAAGGCGCGCUAGCUCAUGCAACGCAGGUUCAGGAGAACCUUCUGCAGGAAAAGGAUGCAGCCAAGAGCAAGUCCAGCAGUUUGAAGGAACGAAUGGCGAGUGCGCGCGACGACCGCCGACUCGUAGAAAAGGAAUUGAAGGGUCUCCUGAAGAACCUCGAAGGCCAGGAGGUGUUGUGUGGUGUCGUACAGUACGAGUGGGAGCAAUCGCUACGAGCUUUUGGCCAAGAGAUGAAGGACUUCUAUUUCGCUGAGGAAAUGCUGGGUAAAGAUCAUGAAGAACUCAAAAGCUUCCUCGAGGUGCAAGCGGAAGAGGCAAGGAUGAACUUGAUGAAUCAAAAGGUUACUAGUGGAAGUUCUAAACCUAAGGAACAAUCAUCUUCAUCAUCCGCAGUAGAGCCAUAUCCACUUCCACCAUCUGACGACAGUUCGACCGUGAGCGGAUCAUUCGUCGGCGACGCUUCGUGGGACCUUAGCGAUGAAGAUGAGGACGAAGAUGACGCCGACGAGGUUGAUGAGGCCAAGGGUGUCUCCAAAUUGUCUGGAGGGCAAUCAAAUAGUAUAAGUACUAUUGGCUCUUCGUCUGCCGCGACACAACUCACUUCACAAGAAAAUGCUGUACAACCUGCGCCAACUACUAGCAACCACAUCGCGGAACAGAUGAAAGACUCGACCUCGCCUCGGGCAGGUACAGCCAGCCAGUCCGUACUACCUUGGGUUCAGGGCAACGCGCCUGAUUCUUCGACACAGGAGUUCUUCAGUACACACGCUGUCAUGCCGUGGCUGCUGCGCGGAGAUGUGACACCGUUGCCGAAGACGCGAGCUGUAUCGCCGGUCGCCGGGAAGGACCACAAAGCUGCUCUAGUGGAUCAGGAAGAUUUGUCGCAUGGUCAAUCGAGUACUUCACCCUCAACACGACAGUCUGCGGACUCGCAAGCAACUACAAUGCAGGACGCCAAUUCCGCUGGUCUGCUUUUGACUGGAAACGCUCUAAUGGACCGGGCAUUUGAUAUCAUCGAUGGCGUUGUCAAUGGCCCCCUGGACAAACCUAUUUUCGGGAGCACGGCCAUCCCCUACACGGCUGUAGGGAAUCAACAACAACAUGCUGAUGCGGAUACAAGAGCUUCUCAGGCAUCUACUUCGGUAGAUCGCAGUAACGUCAACACUGCGUCUACAACUACAGUAUCGUUUCUGCAGGUUGGAACCGCUGCUGUCAAAGUGGAUAAUCUUGGAGCCAAACGGCAGACACGAACGUCAGUUCGCGAUCUGGCCACAGCUGCACUGGGUGCGCUUUCAUCAUGGUCCGCUUCUUCCGCCUCCUUGCUGAGCAUCGCAGAACAAGAACGCAGUGUCGUUGACCGCGAAGUGGCAGCGCUUAUGGCUGACGUGCCUUCGCCCGACCAAGAGCGAGAUGCAAUGCGCAAGCAGAUCGAAGCUCAAGAAAAGACGGACGCUUCACUUCUCCAGUUACCAUCGGAUGGCGCCGAAGAAGCCACUAGUCAUGCUACUCUGAGCGGCGAGUUUCGUGCUGCUGUAGAUGUGUCUACUUCUACGCAUAUCAAUGAUGUAGAUGAAGUCAAAACUCUUGGCACCACGACGGGUAGCAAGGAUAACAAGAAAACAUUAACUUCUGUUCCUGCAUCCGGUCUAAACGAGGAUGAUGUGACACUUCUUCAGCUUUCACGCGCUGCGGAUAGUUUGGGACUACUGCAGAUGGCGUUGAAAGCUGGUCCCCUGGAUAAGGUGAAGCGUAUGAUUUCGGACAUGAUCACGCGUGUUCAAAGCGAUAUGGCAGCGGCGAAGGGUAAGCGCGAGAUGUGUGCGAGCGAAGAUGGCAAGAACCGAGAGCAACGUCAAAAACUGAACCACCAACUGCGCUCCAUCGAUGAGCAGAUGGCUCUGGUCGAUGAAACUCUAGGAACCAAUGCGAAAGAGCAGGAGCACAACCGGGAGCGCGGCCUUGCUGCUGACAAAGCGGCCCAAGAAGCGACCGGAGAACGGGAUGUGGACAAAAAACUAGCGACUGAAUUGCUGCAGAGUGGUCGCAAACAUCUAGCGAAGCUCGACACGCUUGUCGCGGAUCUGCGCGGAAUCUACGAACGUGAACUGGACAAAGUCAACCUCGCAAAGGAAGUUCGUGACGCUGACGACAGCUUGCGAGAAAACUACAUUGCGCGUGAGCGUGUUGCGGACGUCGGCUUGCUUUCGUCUUCUGGAAUUGUUUCGUCUACCUCUUCUACAACUUCUAGGGAGGAUGCAAACGUCGACAAUGCGCGUCUGCGAGAGGAACCGGUGGUGCUGCGGUCGGGACAGGUCAGCAGUGCCGAACCGAAUGCCGUAGUCUCCAACUCGAACGCCCGCAGCGCGUUUGUUGAACAAGUGCCUGUGGCUUCGAGCGCAUCCACUGAAAAACGUGCAGGUCCUUCGCCAACCGAGUCAAUGGAGAAAGCAAGUGGAGCAUCGGGACGGCCUGGUGCCACAAAGAACGAGGUUGCACCCGUGCGUCCUUCGACACUGGCCUCCGCUGUUCAGCAAUCGGAAAUAGAGGGCAUUCGGCCACUGUCUGUGCCGACCAUUCCGCAUCUCAGUCCCCUGGCGCGAUCGCUGCCGGAACCUCGCCUAAGUACCCGCGAUCUGUCUGCAUUUACCGACCUCGACGCACAGAAACUUCUGGACGUGUCAGGAAAGUUGUUACAGUUUUCCUCUUUUCUCGAGGUUGCAAGCGGGACCAGCAAUAGUCCUAAAACUGCUCAAGCUGAGUCCUUGGCAAGAACAUCUCAGACAUCUGGCCCUAUGUUGCAAGCGACCUCAGUUCAUUCGGAUACAAGAAUACAUCCUGGCACACUUGUUGAUGCACGGGCGCGCGAACUGAGGCAGCGUGUGGACACUGCGGUUGAGACCGAGGAAAACGAGCUCGACAAUGCGACAUCAAGUCUCCUGCAUGGUUCUUCUAGUGUUUCUACAGCGGCCGAGGUCCAAAGCGCCCUGUCCUCCUUUGUUCUCACUCGCAGGGCGGGCGAGCCUAGCGUAGCUCCAAUCACACUCGACAGCUGGCGCCGCGCGCUCGAUCUAGUACAGAAAGUAGCCGAAAAUGAGAUGCUGAAGCUGUUCGUGGUACGUGGUGCCGACGUGCGGGAUCGGUCACUCCACGAAAAAUUCCUCACAGAAAUGCAACUACUCAAAGCCGAUGCGGAAAAAAGUAAUGCUUUUCUCCUCCAGCGAAUGCAGAAACAGAAGACACUGCUCGGCAAUUUAAACACCGACAGAAGCGAAAAGUUGAAUUAUGACCCUCGUCAGUCCAAUUAUAGGAGCUCAAGAAUAACUUUCUGCCUUUUUUCUUCAAGGAAAAUGAUCAUCGCUUUCACUACUUAAUACCCAAGCGAUAUGGUAAGUAGUACUAGAAGUAGCUCUCCGUCUCCUCAUGCUUUUAGCAAUACUAUGGAGGGAGUAUGAAAGUCAAAGUUCUUCUUUUUCGCAAGAAUCCUCUAAGGAUAGGAGUUGGACUACGUGGAGAAAUACGCGCAGGAGCUUGCGAGCACAUGUGCUGGUCCGACGGCUGAGGAUGCUCGGGCUCGACGACAAAAGGAGGUCAAUGGUCUAAAGGAUGCUUUGACCAUCCUGACUGGAGAGGAGGCCUAGGAGGUCCUCUACGACUCCUUAUGCGAUCGAAAAUAGAUCCUGAUGAAAAUGCAAAUAGUGAAGUUGAAGAGUAUUGAAUAGAGGAUCGUGAUCGCGACAUUAUUUUUUUCCAAAAUAUUUGAAUUGUAAUCAAGUUGUUGAUAGAUGCAGAGACAUCGUUGUUGCAGAAAAUGAGAAAUCGCAGUGCAUAGUAGAUCCCAAUACCUCGUCGAGCUGCGCAUCGUG